CCACGCCACACCCAUUUAAGCCCCGCCCCCUCGCCCCCUACCCCCGGCGGCCGCCCCGGAGCCGCGACCGGAGCGAUGGCGGCGAACCGGGUGGGGCGGCACCGGCAGGGCCGGGGGGGGCUGGAACCGGGCCGGGGGUCCCCGGGGGGGCUCGAACCGGGCCGGGGGUCCCCGGGCCGCAGUCCCGGCGUGCAGCGGCGCUCGGCGCGGGUCACGGUCAAGUACAACCGGCAGGAGCUGCAGAGGAGGCUGGACACGGAGCAGUGGAUCGACGGGAGGCUCGGGGAGCUGUACCGGGGACGGGAGGGGGACAUUCCCGACGAGGUGAACAUCGACGAGCUGCUGGAGCUGGACACGGACCAGGAGCGAGCCCGGAAACUCCAGACCAUCCUGAGCUCCUGCCCCGCUGACACGCAGGAAUUCAUCGAGCAGCUCCUGGCGCAGCUCAAGGGGCUCCAAAAACAGCGGCAGCUCCAGAGACCCCCCCCCCAAAAUGAGGAACCGCCCUGACCCCCCCCAAAAAAAAAAAAAAAAAAAAAAAAA